UCGGGUAAUACCGCUGAGCACAGAACAUUUGGUUCUUGAUUCUCUGUGAUGUUUGCCGCCUAUGAAUUCCUUGAUCCUGUGGGCCGUUGGUGCUGCUGCUGCUUCUGACAUGAUAUAACCAGACUUGCCCAGCUCGUGGUUAUUUGGAGCAGCUUCAACUUUUGUCGAGUGGCCUGCUCGUUCGCUCCUUCAACCUACUGUCGUUACAUCGCCGUCACUAUACAAUAUGAAGCCAUCCGUAUACCUUGUGCUUUCCAUGGCGCUGGCGACUUCGGUCGCUGCCAGCCCGGCCAAGAAGGCAAAGUGUGGUGGCAUUCCAGUUACUUCGUCUUCGUCUGACCUCGAUGGCGUGUGUACUGUCACCAUGACUGCUACCGUGACCAGGACUGAGACGUCCACGGAGACCGCCACACCCGAUAUCCCAGUAUCAAUAACCACAAUCGAGACCGUGACCGAACUCGAGACGAGCACGCUGCCUCAAACCAUCACGGACACCGUAUUCAGCACAACGACUCUCGUUGAUACGUGGACGCAAACCGACACUGUGAUUGCCACGGCCAUCGUCACCACCACCUCGACGGUUACGACGACUCCCACGGUCGCUACGCCCGCAGGUUUCACGCCGAUCAGGAGUGUCUAUCGUGACGUGACGCGUGCCAGACGGACUGCGCCCGCCGCCAUCGUGGCGAGCCCGGCUGCUUCAUGCAAAUCCACGGUAAUCUCAACCGUGACAGCGACCGCAACCACACGCACGACCACGACGAUCCAGGGCGCCGCCCCAACAACCAUCGUCACCGAGGUCACAUCCCUCACGUCAACCACGGCGGUUGAGGCGGAGCCCACUACCCUCACCCUCCCCGUCACCAUUCCCGGAGAGACCAUCAUCACAGCCACAGUCACCAGCACCACAACCACGACCGCCACAGCAACUACCACCGUCGCCGCCGCCCAGACCAUCUACGCCGCGUGCCAGGCCGACAACGUCCUCAGCAGCUACCAGGGGUACUUAGUGGGCGGGACAUACGGGGACGGCACCGUCACCUUUCCCCGGGGUCCAAGAAGCGCCGAGGAGUGCUGCGUCGCGUGCCUCAACGAUGAGAACUGCGCCCUCAGCGCCUGGCAGCUCACGAACGGGCAGUGCUACAUGUACAGCCUCGGCUCAGCGGCCGGCGGGGUGUGCGACGCCGCGCGCCGCCAGGGCCGCUUCGUCACGGUGAGGAACCCGGACUAUCGGUUCGCGGUCAGCAAUGGCAGGUGCGGCAAGUGGGAGCUGGCUGGAUGA